AUGGCGCCCCUCGAUCUGGGAUUUGCAGAGUGCGCAGUGGGCGACACAGGACAUGGAGCCGAUCGCGGAGCGGAAAAAGGAAAUGGGUCUCUUUUCGAAGCAGCCUCUAUWGCAUCAAGCUUCGAUACGGCCUCUUCGAACAACAGCGACAUCUUCUCGACAAGCACGACCAUCUCCUCCAGCAGCAGCACCGCCUCCUUCGCCACCUCGAACAUGGCGGCAGACGACAAGGAGCGGCCUUGGUGGAAAGGCCAGGUCUGCUACCAGGUGUGGCCCAUGUCCUUUAAAGACAGCAAUGGCGAUGGCAUCGGCGAUAUUCCAGGCAUAAUUUCCAAACUAGACUACCUGAAAGAUCUCGGCAUUGAUGUCAUCUGGCUCUCUCCGACGUAUAAAUCACCAAUGAACGACUGGGGCUACGAUAUUUCUGACUACCAGGACAUCGAGCAGCGUUUCGGCACACUCCAGGACAUGGAGCAGCUGAUCAGCGAAGUCCACAAAAAAGGUAUGCGUAUCCUCCUAGAUCUCGUCAUUACACACACCUCCACCCAGCACAAGUGGUUUGAACAAAGCGUGAAUAAAGGAGACACGAAAGACUGGUAUAUAUGGGGAGAUAAACGCCCAGGUAACAAGAUUGGAGAUGAAUUGGUAGAAGAGCCGACGAACUGGCGCGCGGCGUUUGGAGGGAGUGCGUGGACGUGGGUCCCCGCAAGGGGACAAUACUAUCUGCACCUGUUUCUCGAGUCACAACCCGAUCUCAAUUGGGAAAACCCGGAGCUGAGGGAAGCAGUAUACGACUCGGCCGUCAAGUUCUGGCUCGAUCGCGGAGUGGACGGAUUCCGUGUGGACACUGCGAACCGGUAUUGCAAGGACACAACAUUCCCGGAUGCCGAGAUUGCCGUUGAUGGAAAGUGGCAACCGGGAAGCAAAUACUACAUCAAUGGGCCGAAGGUGCACGACUGGCUCAAGGAAUUGAGCGCAAAGAUCGCUCGGGACGCGCCCGAGAAGGACCUGGUGCUCGUUGGAGAGCUGCCAUUGACGCCAUAUGACGAACUUCUUCGAUACGUCAAGCCUGCCGAAAACGAGCUGUCCAUGGUCUUUGACUUUGAUGUGAUCAAACUAGGAAACAACGACACUCCCGAUGAGUUCGCGAAACAUGAGGUGUCGAACUACACAGAUGGUGACGACAGCUACACCCUUCCCUCAUUCAAAACAGCAAUACAAAAGGUCCAGCAACUAAUCACAGACACUGAUGCCUGGGGCACCAUCUUUCAGGAGAAUCACGACCAGCCUCGAAGCAUCAGCAGGUAUGCAACCGGUGACCCACAGUACUGGCGUCAGGCUGGGAAGCUCCUCGCGCUACUGCAGACCACGCUGUCAGGCACAGAAUUCAUCUACCAAGGACAGGAGAUUGGCAUGCUAAACAUGCCAGCAACCUGGGACUUUUCUGAGUUCCGUGAUCCUGAUGCCCUGAUUUACAUUGAAGAUUACGUCAAGGCCCACCCCAAUGAUCCCAACGCCCGCGAGAAAGCCAUCUCUGGGGUGUUCAAGGUCGGAAGGGACAACUCCCGCACUCCCAUGCAAUGGAGCAACGAGCCUAAUGGUGGAUUCACGGGCAGCGACCUGCCAUGGAUGAACGUCAAUCCGAACUAUACUUGGCUCAAUGUGGAGGCCCAGAAGAUCGAUACCGACAGUAUCUGGCAUUUCUGGAAGGCUCGGAUCGAGAUGAGGAAGGAAUAUCGAGAGUUGUUCAUGUUUGGGGCCUUCGAACUGCACGAUUACGAAAAUUCGCACACUUUUACGUACUCGAAGACGGCUGCAGAUGGUCAGACAGCUCUGGUAGUACUUAACUUUUCGAGGGAGGAAGUCCCGCUGAAUGCGACACAGAAGGCGCUACUUGGAGAUGGAUACAGGCUGCUGGCCAGCAAUUACGGCGAGACCAAGGGAUCUCUGCAGGCCUGGGAGGGGAGGGCCUACCUGUUGACAUAG